CAGUGGUGGGGAAGGCAUACGUCACAGGCAUAAUGGCGGAGGCUGGUUGAGAAGGAGAAUUACUCCAUGAAGCGGCACUGAAACCAACUUCAUCGCCAGCCGACGAGGUGAUCGCUGGUCCAAACAUGGCCUGCAAUUCAAGCCAGGAGAGAAAAACCGACAAGGAUAGCGCCCAGGCCGACGGCCUAACCUCGGAGGAUUGCGAUAGCAAGAAACAAUUGUUGUCAGCCUCUAGCACGGCCACAUCCAAGCAAAAUGGCGAUCAAGCUGGAUGCGAAGACGAGCAAAUGUCUGAACAAGAUGCUUCUGAGCGGCGGAGGGCCAGCGUGUCGGACCUAAAAAACAACAGCAGUUCUCCUUCGACGUUACCGAAGUCGAUUGACGAGCUGCCAAGGAAGAAUUUUCAGAUUCCGCGGAAGAUCAAGGCUCGGAAAGGUCUUCUCCAGCACUUGUCUCCAGAUUCAAGAGAGUUUGAAGAGGUUGUGAAGCUUCUCUCCACGUUCUAUCUGGAUUCCUCCUCUCGUGGGACUUUCACCUACACCAAAGCUUCUCUCAUUCACAAUGAGCUCUUGGAGAAAGAGUUCAUCGAAAAGAAAAGGGAGUUGAAGCAGAAUGGAAGGACAGAGGCAGAACUCACCGAAUCUUAUGCUUUUCUGCUGCCAGAGAAAAAUAAGGUUCACUGGAUCUGUGAAAAGGGUCUGUCUGUGGGACAUUCACGGAUCAGCAAUCUAGGAAACCCUGGCAAAGGGAUUUACCUCUCAAAAUACUCAGAUUUGUUACAAAUGAAUCCAUUUGAAGUGGGUGCUACUGGAGACAUAAUACUAUUUAAAGUCAUGAAGGGUAAAGUGAAGACAAUAUUUGAGAAUAUGCCCAAAAGUAAUCUUGAGCCCAAUCCUAAAUAUGACUGCCAUGUGUACAAGAAUGCCAGCAAAGUGACUUCAUUGUUGUCCUAUAGGGCCUUUGAACACACUCAGCAAUACUUGUAUGAAUUUGCAUUUGAGGAGUUACGGUCAAGGCCCCGGCAUGUGUUACCAUAUGCGGUUGUGUCUUUUCAAUAUAAAGGCAAAGAGUCGGUCACGGCUGCACACAGUAGAUUAAACAGCACUGUGUAUGAAGCCCCAAGAGUCCGGAGGAGAUAUACAGUUUGGAGUGGCUCACUUGUGAAUAAGGGAGAAGAGCUCUAUCAAGUGUACAUCCGGUCCACGAGUCUCCCUCUUCUGCCCCUUAAACUGCCGGACAAGCUUGAUGUCAAUGUGGCAAUGCAUCUGGAUCAAGUAAAGCGAAAGAUCCCGUCUGUUCUGUUAUCGUGGGACACGUACACUGGAUCGCGCGAGGUGUUGAAGUGUGGGAUGUACUGCAGUCUGUAUGAAGUCAUAGGAAAAAGUAAACAGGAAAACAGUCUCUCCGGAUUGGUGCAGCGGCUUGAGAAAGACCGAAUAGUACUGGUGAAGCCGUUGAUAGACAAAGGAUUUCUCUUUCUCCUCUCGUCCUCUCACUUGCAAACUUCCAGCGAGAGGCGAGGCAGAAAUGACAAGGGCUUACAUGCGCUUUAUAUCUUUCAAGAACAACGAAACAUCUCCAGGUUAAUUUCGAAGAACUCUGAAGUAAAUGGAGACCCUCUGGUUUCAUUAGAGCCUAAAGACCCAAUCACCCAUCAACUCGAUAACUUUGUACCUGCCCUGCACCACGGCCUCUUCAAGCUACGUGCCAGUCCUCCCAAAGACCUUUCUGCGGGGCUGAAACGUCAGGCACUGGACUACCUGAGGCAGCAGGAACAAGGUGCCAUACGACCCUUUCAUGUGGUGGAGUACCGGCACACUUUGGAUGACCGGACCAAUCUACACCCAGCGCCUCGUCCUAAGAACAUGGACCUAACACUAAGUUCUUACAUAAAGGGGCCGGCACAGUUUCAACUAUCGGUGGAAGCGCUGGUAGUAGACAGUAGACCUGUGAUGGGGUCUCCACCAGCAGGUGCUGAAGAGUACAGCCCCGUGUCAGAUUGGGGAGGGUCAGACAGACAAGCGGCAAGCAGCAGUACGCCUGGAGUCUCUCAGUCCAACGGUGGAGCUCAGAGAACACAGGGAGAGUAUGACAAAGACAAGAUGGAGAAAUUGCUUAAGUUGAUACAUCUUCAUAAGAGGACGUUAGUGAAGGAAGAAGGGAGUGGGCCUGAGAGAGAAGAGGAGUGGGAUGCCGCCAGCCUAAAGAGAAGGCUGGAAAGGGAAGGUCCUGGAGGCGUUAACAAGUACCUGAGGACCAGUUUGCUGAACGGGGAGCCAGGAAGAGUGGCUGUGGACAGCUUGGCACUGUGUGACACGGACCUGCGUGAGUCCCCGACCACCAGUCUUCGGGACACACACACGCUGCUCAAACUCUUCCUCGGUACGCUCAAGAAGAUGGCCCAGCAUGCUAACAAUGCUAGCAACAUGGACCCAAACAGCAUGGAUCAGAGUCUCGACCCCGCCGACCUGGCCGCCUGCAGUGAUCUUGAUCUGCGUGCCAGGCGUUCAGAUGAAGAGCAGGUUAACCAGGAUUAUUCAGAGGAACAGAUGACUGGAAGCAGGAGCAGCAUGGAUGUGCACAGUCCUUCCUCUAGUAUGGAGCAGAAGCCGUCCUGUCCGGCAGAGACCUUGAAUCAGAGCCACAAUCUGUGGAGAACAUCUAGCACUGCGGAAGUAAGUGUGGCUUGUGUGAGUGGAGUACAGAAGCAAGUCCAGACUUUGGGGAGAACAGUGGACACCAUCGUCGACAGUGAGUUCCAGAACUUCUGCACAGGCAUCCAAGAACUGAUGGAGGCACAGCAUUUAAUGUACAUCCCCCCUCCUCCUCUGCCUCGACUUGAGGAGCACGCCAUCUGGUCAAGCUCGGCCUUCUCUCCUUUCGUUUCGAAAUACGUCUCCUCACUGCCUGUACACGGCUACGUCAGCAGUCUCUGUGAGAAGAUGAGCUGCUUGAUUAGAUCUCCCAACAUGUCUUCAGAACCUGUGGCCAUCACAACACCAGCCGUUACUGCUACACUACCCACCCCCUUACCAUCUGCCCCGCCCCCUUCUGCCAUGCCGGCUCCUGCCCCACCCCCUUCUGCCAUGCCGGCUCCUGCCCCGCCCCCUUCUGCCAUGCCGGCUCCUGCCCCACCCAUCCUACCAUCGCCGCUUGCUCCUUUUCACACUAAAACAUCAUCUCCAGUGCCUAAAUCUCAGGCUUCGUUGAGCAAGCCUCAAGCUCCUGCACCUACCCCUAAGCAACCUCCAGCUUCAGAUAAGCCUCGUCUCGGCACGGUCAAAGAGGCCCAUUUAGUUUCAGCAGGAAAAUCGACUGAACCCAAGAAUACCAGUGUUUUGGAAAGUUCUUUGUGCUCACCAUCAACAGCAAGUGCCGGUCAGCCUCCAGCACCUUCAGUUCCAGAGAUGCCGUCAGACACUGCACCUGUGGGAACCUCGAGCGCUCUGAGCAGCAACAUCAUGGAGCAAAUCCAACCGGAUAUGUUGUGCACGCUGGUGGAGAUCAUGCAGAAGAAUGCAGUGAGGUUUUUCAUUCAGAGAGGAGAUGUGGAGAGUGAACUCUGUUCCGAGAUCAAGGAGUAUUUGCAAAGUCUUGGCAACAUUGAUUGCAACCCACAGACUUACCUGGAGAUGAAAAGUCAACAAAAGUUCAUGAUCAUUAUUCAGAAUGAGGAUAUCGCAACUCAUGUACAUAAGAUCCCAGCGCUGGUGUCUCUGAAGAAGCUGUCCACAGUUUACUUUGCCGGAGUUGACAGCCUGGAUGAUGUGAAAAAUCGUACCUACAAUGAGCUUUUUGUGUCAGGAGGUCUCAUUGUGACAGAUGAGCUCAUUCUAAACCCUGACAAUAUAACUCUAGAAAAGCUCCAGGCAUUUCUACAGUUUCUGGAGAAUCAGGGCUCACCCUGGAAGUGGAAGGUGCACUGUAAGACUCAGAAGAAGCUUAAGGAGCUCAGCAGGUUAAACACUGAGGCCCUGGAUUUGUUAAAUCUGCUGACAGCCUACCAGAAGAAACACCUGGUGGAGUUCCUGCCUUACCAUGAAUGUGACACUCCAUCUAGGCAGGCUCCUGAUUUGGAGUGUUUGGUGAAGUUGCAAGCUCAACACACACAGCUCAGACACAUCAUCUUCCUGACAGAAAAGCGUGACGACUCUUUCUCGCAGUUCUCCGGCAGUGGAGUCAUUGUUGCGGGUAUGAAUGACAUCAUGAACAACUUCCAGAGUUUGCUCAGUGUUCCAGAUGAGCCUACUCUACCUGAUCCAGUGGAGCCUGAUGCGGUUGUGGAUGAAGAGGACAUGUCCAUCGACUCUGAAGAUGACAUGCUGGUUAUCUCUGAGACUUCCAUUCAGACCGAAAAUCCCCCUGAAGAGCCGACGGCACCUCUGCCCCCUCCGCCUCAGACUGACGGCUUCCGCCCUCCUCUCCCUGAUCAGCCUGCUUCGGACCCCAUUAUGAAUCCCCUUACAGUUCCAAAUCCACCUGCCUUUCCCACCCAGAGCUCGUACCCGGCUGAUUACACAGCUCUCAAAUCUGCCAUCGCUCAGUAUAAAGCCGCCAAUCAGGAGGCUAAUCCUGGGCCUGAGGUGAAGGACUCCCUGGCCAAUUUUGGGGUAAACCCCCAUCAGAGCUACCUGUGUCCCAAUUCGGCACAGUGGAGCCCUUACUCCGGGUCUCCUGCGUACCACAUGUCCUCUGCGUAUUCAUCCCCAGUCAGGGCGGCCUCCAAAGGAGACUAUGGUCCAACUGCUCCUCCACACACCUCCACCCUGCCCAUCACCAUUCCCCCACCCCAUUUCCCCUCCUUCCAUCAGGUCCCUGUCAGCUCAGUGGAGGUGCCACCUGUUCCAGAAUCAGCUUCCUCAAUACAGAUUCCCGCACCACCCCUGCCUGUUUCUGACAGUGUGGCAGCUGGGGCGCCAACAGCAAGCAGUGCCAGUCAACCGGGUUCUCGGGAUGCAAAGAUAGGUGUAGAAGCUUCUUCCUCCUGUUCCUCUCUCCAACCUUCUUUUCCAUCCUACGCAGAUGGUACUCACUUUCCGGCUCUCACUCCUGUUCCUCCCAUUCCUCCUCUUUAUAACUGGGGGCCCGCACCGGAGUCUCAGCACAGUUUUACAGCAGGACAGAGUCUGGGAAGAUUCUGUGCUCCCCCUUCCACCCAAACCAAAGCCACAGGGGCUACAGAUGGAUCUUGGGUGGGAGCAGGUGAGACCGGAACUUCCAGUAGUCAAGAAGAAAGCACACCUGCUCCAGCCACCUCCACAGGAGGUCCUGUACAGCAGGAUGGAGAUGGAGAGAUAGGUGCUGCGCCAGGUAGUAAUGCGCCAAGUAGUGGUGCGCCAGGUAGUAGUGCACCAGGUAUUGCUGCGCCAGUUAGUUUGAUGUCGUGCAGCCAAGCCAGCAGAACUCCGGUGAACUCUUUCUCAGAGAGUCAUGGAGGCAGUCAGCCCCCUCCCACCCGGGGCGGCACAGCUGGCAGAGGACUCCUGCCCAUCCCUGGAGCUACCCUGGGGGCUCUGUGCCGGGGUGGGUCGGCUAGACUGAGCUCACACCACAACAACAUGUACGGCCACAGAGGGGGCUUUCCCGGACCCAUUGAUAUGAUGCGCGGUGGUUUCAGGGGUAGAGGAUUACCACCACCACCCAUGCCCAUGAGAUCAAGACCAGGUCGGGGUCACAUCAGAGGAGGUUGUAACUGGGGAUAUCCUCCUGGGAGGGGAGGGGGUGGCCACCCGGACUACUAUUCAGACUACACCUACAACUAAAUGCCAUUGGGAACGUCACAGGCUCCCCUAUAGACUACUGGCAUUAAGAAUGUACAUAUUUAACUGUUAGAGCACAUCAAAUCAAAAUGUCAUGAUCUGAAAAAAUAAACAGGUAUCUGGUUUUGUAUAAAUAAGAUUUGUGACUCAGACAGUGGCCAGAGAUUCACUGUUUCCAGUAAUGCUCUUCCUAAAAUGAGAUGUUUGAGAAACCUUGUUCAUACCACUAUAUUUAUAUUGCCAAGAAAUGUAAUUGCCUUUCAAUGUUUCAUUUUUGUCAAUAGUUUUUGUUGGGAUUUUCAAAACGAUUUGUGAACAAGGAGAAAAUUGCAGACGAUAUUUUUUUAAAGGGAAAAGUCGAGUCAUUCUUCAUUUUAGCUGUUAUGGUUUUUUUUACAUUCUUGGUUGUACAGAUGUUCUAUUAAAACAAGGUUGUAUCAAA